UUCACAUUUGAAUGCCCUGAUUCGAGUGAAGAGCGCAAGCAGCACAGCUUCUUGUUGAUGGUGUUCAAACGGAUCAAGACAAGUCAAGACAAGUCAAGAUGUUUGCCAAAUUUAUCACGAUAGUGUUGGACAAGUGAAACGUUGGUCGUUUGUACAGGCAGUCUUGUACUUGCAAGCGCCACUUCUGCUUUUCAAUAACAUGGGAGCAGCUCAGCCAACGAAGACCAAGCGGACAGCAGCAGCAGAGACUUGCAGAACUGCAGACCCUUAUGCGAAUUGGGCAAAGCGUUCUAUUCCCUUCCUCUCAGAUCCCACACGCAAAGCAUGGCUGCAGAAGUGGCCCACCCUGAUUUUCCUCAUUUCCAACGUCUUCAUCCUUUUCAUGUAAUACCUCACCUAUUGGUAUCACAGCUGACUGUAGUUUCCUUACCGUGCUUAUGUUUUGGCCUGUCAUUGUGCGAAAUACGAUUCACAGCCAGCUGGCCCAAGUCGAGCAGCAUCUUCGGCAUCGCAGCAUCACAGAUAUCCUGGACUUGAACAGGAAGCCAGACCCUGAUGUUCUCGACUUGAGCAUCAUCUCAAUUGGAGAUGACGGCUUUGAUGUCGCCAUGCGCAACACGCGACCAGGUCCAAGCUUCAUCUCCGUCGAGCCAUUCAAUUUGACAAUCAUGGACAGUAUUUUCGAGCAUCAAAUCAUGCGUGUCGCGGUCCCUGCCACUGCAGCAAAUACAGACAUGAUUCGAUUCGGGAUUCGCUACGAUCCGGGCAAUGUUGACUCCCUCUUGAACAUGAUUGAGACAUCUGUUCAUGCACACGCUCGUCCAAAGGUAUCUCUGGCUGGCGACGUGACAGUCAAGCUGUUUGCCCGAGAAGCACACGUAAAAGUGCAGCGAGCAAACUUGCCUACGCCCCGGGUGCCAGACUUUAUGAAGUUCGCCAAGUUUGUAACAAACCCAAAAGUCAAGCAAGUUCAGAAUGGAAGCGUUGUCAAUGCAGCAGCUUCGGUAGAUCUUUCGCUACCAUACACGAUUCGUGUCUGGCUUGGAGAGAUUGGAUUGUUUGUUCUUCACAACGGAAAGGAGUUUGCGGAGGUGCAAGUUGAUCGUGUUGCCCUCCAUCCAGGAACUACUCAUCUCAAAGCAACGGGCCAUGCAAAUUUGGCGAUGCUGCAGACUGAUAAGGAGCUGACGGAUGCCAUUGAUCCUAAGGCAACAUCAGAUUUGCCAUUGACGCUACGUGGCAGACCAAGGUUGACCAAUCCGAUCUGGCUCAAUGAGUUUUUGGGCAGAGAGCAGAAUAUUACGAUUCCUCGCAGCUGGCUCACAAUGGGAGCCGAGCUAGUCCAGCAGGGUGGGUUGGCAUAGUCUCCAGCUUUCAAUGUUCAUCAGAAGCGCCAUAUCUAGCAGCACUUAGAACUACACAUCUAGUUGGUGUGGUUGCCGUUCGUGCGGUCGGCUAUCUCGCCACAGCAAAAAUGAAACGAGCGCCUA